AGAAAUACAAUAGAUAAAAUCAUUUUAGGAGUAAAACAAAAGAAACAUCCCAGGAAAGAAAAGCAUCCACCGCAAACCAGCUUACUAAUCUGGUCACUCAAACCAUUUUUAAUAAAAUUCCCCAGAUGCAGCAACUCUACUACUACUAGUACCAAAAAAAACUGUAAUCCAACUGCAUAAUAAUAUCUUUUCUUUCCCCUCAAAUUCCGCUCACAUUCUUUCUUUCUUUCUGACAAAAACCCAUCAAAAAUUCCACCCUCAAAUUUCUUACAAAUCCCACAAAAUCUCACCUCAAAUUUCAAAACCCCACUAAUUUCCCCCUCAAAUCAUGAUUACCCAUCUCUCAAAACAACACAAUUAGUUAAUAAACCCAAAAAAUCAUGAGCAAUUGUGAAAAACCAAUGUACAAAAAAGCAGGAAUAAUCCUUGCAAUUCUCGUAUUUGCCACAUUUCUUUACCUAUUCUUCAUAGGAACCGUGGAUCUACGUGGGUCCCACUACUACCUAAACCCAUUCCUUCAAUCUCUGCCGUCGAAUCCUAAGUGGGUCCCACCUUGCCGGAGUUUAUCUCCGUUGAAAGUUUACAUGUAUGAUCUUCCUCGGAGAUUCAACGUCGGUAUGUUACGUCGCCGGAGCUCCGACGAAACUCCGGUGACAUUCGAGACACUUCCGCCAUGGCCGACAGUUUCUGGGUUGAGGAAGCAGCAUAGUGUUGAGUAUUGGAUGAUGGCUUCUUUGCUUGUGGAGGAGAGAGAAAAUGAAAAUGGAAGUGGUGGUGAAGUUGUGAGAGUGUUGGAUCCAGAAAUGGCGGAUGUGUUCUUUGUUCCGUUUUUUUCAUCUUUGAGUUUUAAUGUUUAUGGACAUAAUAUGACUGAUCCAAUUACUGAACGUGAUAAGGAACUUCAGGUUGAUAUAUUGGAGUUUUUGAGGAACUCUAGGUACUGGCAAAAGUCAGAAGGCCGAGAUCAUGUCAUCCCUAUGCAUCACCCUAAUGCGUUCAGGUUUCUUCGGGAGCAGGUAAAUGCAUCGAUUCUCAUUGUGGCAGAUUUCGGUCGUUAUCCGAAGAGCAUGUCAAAUUUAAAGAAAGAUGUUGUUUCCCCAUAUGUCCAUGUCGUGGAUUCAUAUACCGAUGAUGACACGCCUGAUCCUUUUGAAUCCCGUACCACACUGUUGUUUUUCCGUGGCAGAACUGUCAGGAAAGAUGAAGGCGUGGUUCGUGCUAAAUUGCAAAAGCUUCUGGAAGAUUAUGAUGAUGUCCGCUUUGAAAGGAGCUUUGCCUCAGAGGAAAACAUAAGAUUGUCCACACAGGGGAUGCGAUCGUCAAAGUUCUGUCUACACCCAGCAGGAGAUACCCCUUCCUCAUGCCGGCUUUUCGAUGCUAUAGUCAGCCAUUGCGUACCGGUCAUUGUUAGCGACCAAAUUGAGCUUCCGUAUGAAGACGAGCUUGAUUAUUCUGAGUUCUCCCUCUUCUUCUCAACCGACGAGGCUCUAAACCCGGGUUAUAUGAUCGAGCAGCUUCGUCAAUUCCCAAAAGAGAGGUGGCUUAAAAUGUGGAAUAAGCUGAAGAACAUUUCCCAUCAUUACGAGUUUCAAUACCCCCCCAAGAAAGGUGAUGCAGUCAAUAUGUUAUGGAGGCAGGUCCGACAUAAGCUCCCGCCAGCUUACCUUGCUACUCAUAGAAACAGAAGGUUAAAAAUCCCUGAUUGGUGGGGAAGGAAAAGAUAGCUCGUUUCUAUUUUGUACUUAACUGUACUUGUUUUUGUAUGUACAGUACUACAGUUCCAUAUUUACAGUUGAAAAUUCCCUUAAGACAGGGGAAUCAUAGGUUAUUAUUGGAGUGCAUACUUUAAGCCUCUGACAUCUCAUUUGAUCAAUUUGUUUGUAUUCUUUUGAUUGUUGUUCA